UCCGGCAAUCGUAUGGAAUUGUAGUAACACAUUUCGUGCAAGAUGUUUAUGCCAAAAGCUCAUCGCGUCGCCAUCUACGAGUACCUCUUCAAGGAGGGAGUACUUGUGGCGCAGAAGGAUUUCUACGCUCCGAAGCACCCGGAGCUGGAAAACAUCCCGAACCUGCACGUCAUCAAGACGAUGCAGUCACUAAAGUCGAAGAACUUCGUGAAGGAACAGUUCGCCUGGCGCCACUACUACUGGUAUCUAACCAACGAAGGUAUUGAGUAUCUGCGCUCGUACCUGCACCUGCCGCCAGAGAUCGUGCCAUCGACGCUGAAGCGAGCGGCCCGUUCGGAACCGCAGCGAAGUGCUAAUUGGAAUCGACAAUGCUCAUUUGAUCGCUCCACUGGAAUCCCGACAUGGAGAUUCUGGUGA